GCGGCGCGAGGCGGCCGGCAUGGAGCUCUCUGAGGAGCGGCAGGGACCGGUGUGCCGCCUCGCGACCGCAGUGGCAGCUCCAAUUACCUCAAGCCGCCGCUCCCUGCUCUGGGUCCCCGGCCCCUAGACGCCUCUUCCUGAGUUUGUCCUUCUUUAAUGGAUUCAUUUCAGGCUGAACAGAUGCCGAGCUUGCCCGCUGAGCUCGCGAGCAACAACUUAGAGCUGGCGGAGCCGGCGGCAUCAGUGACCCGUGUAGAUUCGGGCCAUCCGGAGGCGGCUACAGAAGGUCUCGCACCUCUACCGACGCGGGAGCCGGAGCAGCCUCCUCCGGCCUCGACGACGGAGUGUAAAGUCCUGCUCACACAGGCAGACGCCCUGGCGUCCGGGGGGCGCCUCCGGGAAGCCCUCGAGGUAUACCGACAGCUGUCAGAGCGGCAGCAGCUGGUGGCCGAGCAACUGCAGCAGCUGGUGCGCUGCCUGGCUGAGAACAUCCCCACCAAAUGA